AUGAUGUGCCUGCUGAUCUGUGUUAGCACCUUGGAGAUAGACAAGAGCGACGGAGGCUACAGGGACUUGCUGAUUUCGAUCAACAAGGAUGUGCCCUACAACGAGACCAUCGUCGAGAACGUCAAGAGCCUGCUCAAGUCUUCGUCUCACUUCCUCCACCGUGCAACUAAUGGCCUCGUGUACUUCAAGCACGUGGCCAUCAACUUCCCGAACACGUGGCCAAAGAGAAGCAGUGCACGCCGCUUGUCUUCUAGUUUAUUCGAGAAAGGCGACGUACGCAUCGACCUCCCUGCAGAGUCACAAGAGCAGGAACGGCCCUUCACAAAGCAGUGGAAACUCUGUGGAAAGCCCGGAGAGUAUAUCAAAGUCACACCAACGUAUUUAGCCGAACUGAACGAUUCAACAACCAAGACGUUUGGAAAUCCUG